UGCCAAGCGUGGGCGACCCCGAGGAGCGGAGCAAGCUCCUGAGAGAAACGUUUAUCAACAACGUCUGGCCCGCUGUGCAAGGUAACUACAAGAAAAUGAUGGAAGAGCUUAAGGAGCUGUUGGAAAAAGGUCUCAUAAAUGAAGGCAUCCAUGCUGGGCUCUCCGCGCGAGUCAAAGAGGUCGAGUCUAUCGACAAGUCCCUUCGGCGACGUGACGACCAUCUCGCCAAGGACAAGGGAAAGCGAUUCGAAAGCUUGGACGACGUGCUACGCCACAUACACGACCUAGCCGGGCUGAGGAUCGUCGUGCCAUUCCGGGACCAGCUCACCAAAGCCAAGGAGUUCAUCGAGCGGACCUUCUCGCAACAGGGCGAGCCCACCCACUUCUUGCCAGACCGCGAAGUUGGCCAGAAAUGGAAGAAGUUCGAGUUCGGCGCCUACGAGACCCUCAACUAUCGCCUCAGCUACCGAACCGGGCAAUAUCGCGACGUGACCUUUGAAGUGCAGCUUACGGGCCUGGCCGAGCACCUGUUCAACAUGGUCAACCACCCAUUCUUGUACAAGGGCGCAUAUGGGCCCCUUACCGAGGCCGACGAGAUGGUGCUGGACCAGCUGCACGGUCACGCAAAGGGCUUUACGCUUUCCAUUCAGCAACUUGUGAAGGAUAGGCUGAGGCCGCCUCCUCAGGUGCAAGGCAUCCAACAAGUAGACGGAGAUGCCAUGGUGGCCAUGACUCGCAAUCUUCUAUCCAGGGUUAUACAAGAGUCCGACACAAUCGUCAACCACGUCGUGAAGGGUGUUGAGGGUGGCAAGACGCCAGCUAGGAUCGGCGACCAAGGAGGCCCUAUGGAGCAGCUGAGCAAAUUGUUCGACCGAAUCCAGAUUGCCGUUGACGAGGCUAAGUGCCCGCGGUACCACAACAUACCGUUUCCGCGUAACGAAGCUCUUGUAAAGCGUGGCGGCAUCUUCUCAGAGCUCGAAAGGCUGCUCCCGUCGCAGGCCGAGUCGCAGACCGCUGCGCUAUGGGGCCUGGGUGGGUCCGGGAAAACACAGGUGGCGCUCGAAUAUGCGUACCGCCGGUGGCACAACAGUGCACCCUGCUCGGUCUUUUGGGUGCAUGCCGACAACGAAGCGACGUUCACGCAGGACUACCAAUCGAUUGCGAAGAAAUUGCGCUUACCGGCGAACUUGCAAGACGAAGAGCUGCUAGCGGCGGUGCGGGACCGUAUCGAAGCUGAGCCUUCCUGGGUGCUUGUCCUCGACAACGCCGACAACCUCGGAUUGUUUGGCGCGGGUUGGAGAACGCCGGGCGCGAGCGGGCAACCGCAUCGGACGACGACAGAUUACGCACCAAAAAAUCUGCGCCAGUUCGUCCCCCGGGGCCCUACCGGGACGGUUUUAUGGACGACCCGUGACGAGAGGAUCGCCGGCAGCCUCGUUAUUGCUCGGCAAACAAUCAACGUGGCGCGCAUGGAGGCAGGUGAAGCGGUAAAGCUGCUCGAAACGAUGAGAAACCAAGCCAUCAACGACACGGAACAGGACAACGCCUCAGCGUUACUUGCCGAGCUCGACUGGCUUCCGCUCGCGAUUUCGCAAGCUGCGGCAUACAUGCGGCGGACGCGCACGCCGAUCGAGGAAUACCUGUCGAAGCUGAAAGGAGGGAAAAGACGAUGGAGGAUUCUUCGAGCAUCGGAACCUGACGUUCAUCGGAGAUGCGAGGUAUCGAACAGCAUCCUGAAGACGUGGAGCAUUUCCAUCGAGCACAUCCGACAGGAAAACGAGAUGGCAUACAACAUUUUGCAUAUUCUGGCGUUUUUGGACAACCAGAAUAUUCCUGAGCAAAUGAUGAAGAAGGCGGCAAAGCAUUUCGAGAGCCGGCGAGCACAAUCAAACGCUAUCACGCGCCUUCGGGAGUUUUCGUUUCUGAGCCUACGCGCAUCCGAUUGGGGCCGUGCGUAUGAGAUGCACAAGUUAGUGCAAGAGGCCGCUCGAUACCGCCUGCGAGCGAAAGAGGACGAAACAUUCUUUGCCAAAGCAGCGCUCCGUAUUGCCGACGAUCUUUUUCCGGAAAGACGACGGGAGCUUUGGGAGGAAGGAGAGAAAUACCUUGUACACGCGCAGCGAGUGGGCGAGUGGGCGGAGUUGUGUGGAGAGGAGGAGGCCGCGGCGUUGCUAACUCGAGUGUCAGGCUAUUUAUACGAUCGCGGAAGGUGGAGAGAGAAGGAGCCAGUUAGUAAAAAAACGUACGGACUUCGGAAAAAAGUGCUAGGCGACAAGCAUCCCGAUACGAUCUGGAGCAUGGCGGACCUCGCAACGACAUACCGCAUUCAAGGGAGGUACGACGAGGCAGAAAAAAUGAAUAUGGAGGCGCUGGCGCUGCGGCGGGAUGUGCUCGGCGACAAACAUCCCGAUACGAUCUGGAGCAUGGCGACCCUCGCAACGAUAUACGGCAAUCAAGGGAGAUACGACGAGGCAGAAAAAAUGAAUAUGGAGGCGCUGGCGCUGCGGCGGGAUAUGCUCGGCGACAAACAUCCCGAUACGAUCCGGAGCGUGGCGAGCCUCGCAACGACAUACCGCAUUCAAGGGAGCAUAGCGUCACUCGCAACGACAUACCACAAUCAAAAGAAGUACGACGAGGCAGAAAAAAUGCAAGUGGAAGUGCUGGCGCUGCAGCGGGAUGUGCUCGGCGACAAACAUCCCCAUACGAUCCAAAGCAUGUACGGCUUGGCUUUUACGUGGAAUAGCCUGGGCCGCCCGGAUCUCCUGGCUCCCGGCUUCAAUGCUGUCCUAGCGCGCCGAAGCCGUCGACUGAUCACCAACCGGCUGCCCUACGCCCCUGGCCGAUGCGACCACACACCCGCUCGACGCCGCGCCCUGGUCUUACCUCACGGACCUCGAUACCAGGCACGUACGACCGACGCAAUCGACAUUACCGGUACUCGAAGGGCCCCGUUCGAGUCGGACCCCGAUCUAACGGCUGUCACGGUUCGGCAAGUGCAAGCCCCCACCCGCUCAAGUCAAAAGGACGAGAAAGUCAAAGCUGACGCUUUGACUCAAUUGGAGGCUUAUCAGCCCUCCAGGUACUGCGAGACUGGCUGCGCAGCCUUGGGCGAUGAGGCGAGCAGAUCGUUGUGGAUCUCAGCGACUGCGGCAGGUGUGUCGGCUGACCAGUGCGUCUGUGCGCGGCCGGUAAAGUAUCAUAGCUCCUGCUCUGGUGCAGCUGGACAGAAGUCGUCCGAAGCACACUCCCCAGUAGCCCUGAUGCGCACGGCAACCAGGAGAAGGCUUCUACGUCUGGUACUCCGCCUCUCCUCUUCCUUGUCGGCCUUCGCCUCCACCGCGUCACGUAAAUCGGUGUACGCCGUCCCAUAUGGUUUUGGCGCCAAGGCAGCGGCGUGGAAUCAUUGUCGCCAUGCCGCCUUGUCGUCCACCCUUGUAGCCUAA